AUGGAAAAACUGGUAUGGGAUCUUGGAGGACAAACAUCAAUUCGUCCUUAUUGGCGAUGCUACUAUGCUAAUACUGAUGCUAUCAUAUAUGUCGUUGAUUCAGCAGAUAGAGACAGGGUUGGAAUAUCACGUCAAGAAUUGGUGGCUAUGCUACAGGAAGAAGAGUUACAGGGCGCUAUUCUUGCUGUUUUGGCAAAUAAACAGGAUAUUCCUAAUUGCUUGACUCCGGCAGAAGUCCAUAAGGCGUUAGGAUUGGAAGCAUUACGUAAUCGAACUUUCCAAAUCUUCAAAACGUCAGCAGCAAAGGGAGAAGGAUUAGACGAAGCUAUGGAGUGGUUAGCGAACAAUUUGCAGCAGAAGAAAUGA